UGGCGGCCGGUUGCUGCUGGCGAUGGAGCUCCUCCCGGGCGGCAGCUUACGGCAACGGCUUAGGAUGUCCGCAGCGGCGACAGCGGUGGCGGCGAUGCAUCGCACGGGGGCGGCGGCAGCCGCGGGGGAAGUGUCAUCGGAGUCGACGGCGGCGCCCGCGCCAAUGCCGCUGGACGACCGCGCCCUGCGCCGCAUCGUGGGAGACGUUUGCUCCGGCAUGGCGCACCUGGCGGACCUGGGGUUCGUCCACGGAGGGUUGUCGUCGAGCAACGUGCUGUUGGAUGCCGGGGGAAGAGCCAAGAUCUCGGAUCUCGGGCCGCUGCUGCGGACUCCGGCGGCCGGCAACACCACCCGGCUCCGGUACACGGCGCCGGAGGUGCUGGGCGGCGAGGACACGAGCCUAAAGAGCGACGUCUACAGCUUCGGCAUGCUGGUGCUGGAGUGCCUCACGAGGCGGCUUCCCUGGCAGCAGGAGGACGAGGACGCCGCUACCACCGUAGCCGCCAUCGAUGAUGGGACGACUACGUCGUCGGCGGUGGAAGAUGCUCGGCUGUCGCGGGCCGUCAUGAGCGGGGACCGGCCGGGCGUGCCGGGGGACGCGCCCCGCGACCUGGCGCGCGUCGCGAAGGACUGCUGGGCUCACGACCCGGCCUCCAGGCCGGACAUGGUCCGCGUGCUGGAGGACCUCUACCCAACGGGGUUGGCAGCGAGAAGCACGGCGGUGGCAGUGGCUGGAGAGUUCGGUGACGCUGUGCCUACCGCGGCCACGACUGCAGUGGACGGCGACGGCGGCGGCGGCGACGACGACGACGACGACGACCAUCAUCAUCAUCGCAAUGGCAAGGCACGUGUGCUGCAUGGUGAUGAGACUGACAGUAGUGGCCCCAAGCCGGGGCCCAGGGGCGCCGGGGCGGUCAGGGGGGCGCGGGGGAUCAGCGACGGGACGACUCCUUGGAGUUUCGAGCUCUCCUCCCCUAGGAAGAUGUUCCCGUUCCCGUCGUCGGGCAUGGGCUCGCCCCUCGCGACCAUGACGACCGCGGGAACUCCCAGCAGCAGCAGCAGCAGGAGGCGUACCGCUUCUUUGGAGACCUUCUCCACUCCCGCCGUGUCUUCGGCGACGUCUUCGGCAAGAUCCAGCGCGUCGCGCCACGUCCGCGGGGCUUCGGCCGGCGGCGGCGGCGGCGGGGGGGGACGGGUCCUUGGUGUCGGUGGUGGUGUUGCUGGCAGAGGCGUGUUGUUUGCGGAGCGUUCCCACACGAUGCCGGCCAGGACGCAAAGGUCGCGCAGCAGGAAGGGCGACGGGGCGAAUGCCCCCAGCAGAGCCGAGUCGUUGCCCUGCGUACCGUGAUAGCGCUAUUAUAGAGAUGGAUGGAUGGGUCAAUAGAAAGAGUAUCAAAUAGUGAACAAGCAUUAGUCUAAAGUGUACGACGGUGGGCUAAGUUGGAGUUAGGUUUGUUGUCGAAAGCUAUGACUCGGCGGAGAAGACUUUUUUCGCUUUUUGCGCCGCACCGCGAAAAUGUUUUGCAAAGAAAGAUGAAUAAUCAACCGUGGUGAUAUCGUUGAUAUCCUGUGUGUAUACAGUAUUCAGUAUACAGUAUACAGUAUACAGUAUACAGUAUACAGUAUGUUGUAUCUGACUCAGCUUCCGACGGGAGGGAGCAAUGGGCUGAGCAGAUGUGCAUGUGUUUUGUGUAGGUGAUCUGGAUCAGUAUUGGGGAAGGAAGCUAUCAUCAUGCUGUGUCAAGUAGAAGGAAAGCGAAGAGGAGAUAAGGGGGGGGGGGGGUUGCACCGUUAUUCGCAACGAAAUUGAUUGAAGGACAUGUUUGUAGAGUAGGUCUGCCUGAUUGUGGCGUGUUUUUGUGCAGAGAGUCUUGUUUUUAUUUUGGGUGUAUGUGUGGUGCGUGGUUUGUUCACUGGUAGUCACGAGUUUGCGGAAAUAGUAGUAAACGGAGCGAUCGACCAGCAGGGCGAUACGAUCUUUCUGAAACACGUGAUAAAGGUAUUGUCGUUUCUAUAUACAGUAUCACUUCAAGCCAAUGUUGUUAGGAUUCAUUGAUCGGCGGUUCGUUCAGCCGUUUUUUUGUCAGCCUACCAAUGGCCGUCGCUUCUGUUGUCGGAAAGUAUCCCCCUUUGUCAAGUCUGUCUACAGGUAAAGCUUGGUCACGGCUGCUUUCUUUCCCAAUGAAUUGAUUUGAACUAAAAAUUUCUUGACUAGAGGCGAGAGCCGACCGAAAGACUUCGUGCCGCGCUGUCGGGAUGUCGGGAUGGGCACGCGCGGUUACUGCCAAGAGGCAAUGGCUUGGGGUUUGCUGCAUUUCAUUUCUGUCACAUCACGUCACAAAAAAGUGCAGGGAUGUAUGUGUUCACGGUGUGGAACCUCACCGCGCGGUGCGUUUUCUUAUUUUUUUUACACGGAUCACGGUGGGGUGCGGUGUAAAGGUAUGCACGCGUGGCCACGGUCCUGCCGACGACGCCAAGUGUAAGGUAUGCACGCGUGGUGCAAUCUGGUAGACCCGUUAAGAAGAGCAGCAGCAGUAGAUGUUGCCU